GUGACAGGUUAGAGCUGAAAGGACCGCGGAGGAUUGUGGGUAAUGCUAUAUUCAGGCAGGAAGAUGGCCAGCCGAAGUAAUGUGGAUGUUUGACUCGGGUUUUCGUUGUUUUUAACUCACCACUUUGUUUCGUAUUUGUGUAUUUGUUUCGUUGUUCGCGCUAUGAGCGGAAGUGAGUUGUCUAUGCAGGCUUUGUCCUGGAGGAAGCUGUAUUUGAGCCGGGCGAAGCUCAAAGCUACAAGCCGCACUUCAGCUCUGCUUUCCGGCUUCGCCAUGGUUGCGAUGGUGGAGGUUCAACUGGAUACAAGUCAUGACUACCCCCCUGGUCUACUGAUCGCAUUCAGUGCAUGUACCACAGUAUUGGUUGCGGUUCAUCUCUUUGCUCUGAUGAUCAGCACCUGCAUCUUGCCCAACAUUGAAGCCGUCAGCAACGUACACAACCUCAACUCGAUUCGUGAGUCUCCACACGAACGUAUGCAUCGCCAUGUUGAGCUGGCCUGGGCCUUCUCGACCGUCAUCGGCACACUGCUUUUCCUUGCUGAGGUCGUUCUUCUCUGCUGGGUUAAGUUUUUACCCAUCAGGCCCAAAAAUCAGAAAAAUGACACGGUCUCGGCAGGGGUGGCCGCUGCCAUCACCUCCACUUCUAUCAUGGUACCCUUUGGUCUCAUCUUUAUCGUUUUCGCCGUCCAUUUUUACCGCUCUCUUGUCAGUCACAAAACUGAUCGUCAGUUCCGGGAGCUAGAGGAGCUGGAGGAUCUGACACGACUUCAGAAUGAGCUGGACCAAAGAGGAGAAACAUCGGCGCUAAACUCUCCAGCUUCUCAAUAGAAGACGUCUUGACCAUCCUGAAUCCGCUGUAACUGCUGUAUCUCUUAGUUUUUGCAUGUGGAUUAAAAGGUAUUGAUGAAAGUUAAAAUGCACCUCAGGCUUUACCAGCUUCCAUUAGGGGGAACUAUCCUGAGGCUGAUUUUAUUUAUUUUAUUUUAUUUUAUUCUUUUAAUUGCUUGUUUUUGCAUUUUCAAAAUGAAAAUCUUUUUCUAAAAGAGGCAGAAGUCCAAAAAAUACUAUAAUCCUGUUUCUAAUACUGUCUGUUAAUGAAUGUAAAUUAGAAGUGAGCGUAUAUCUGUGUGACAGUAUAUCACAUCGAAGACCUCAGCAUUAUGCUUUAACAAGAUCAUUGAGCUAUAAUUAAGGACCGUGAUGUAACCAAAUCCAUCCGCUUGACAUCCCAUAUUUUUUAAAUCCCUGAUAUAAAAGCUGUAGUUUUGGAGGGUAUCUGGUGUCCCACAGAUCCUUGGGUACCCAGCAUGCAUGGUAACUAGUAGGACAGCAAAAUAUGUGACAUAUUUAAAUUUAAUGCCAGUUCCUUCUUACUUGAAGACAUCUUAGAUGAACUUGUACUUUCUUUGGUCUGUUAUCUUAUUUGAUAUGAACAUUUCCAAGAAUGUCCCUGUAAACCUGCAAUCGCACUGUUGAAAAAAUACAACGUGUGGAACAGUGUUUCUCAGUAUGAUGGAAGCCAUAGAUUUCUGUGAGCAGUUGAUGCUAACCAGUGCACUUGAGCAAAGGCUGGACUUGGAACCUCCUAGACACUUUGUUUUUCUCACUGUGAAUCAUUAUGCAUCUUUCCACUCAUCUGAGUCUUAGUCAAGAUGCAACAAUAUUAAGACUGGAGGGUUCAUAUACCUUGAUUAGCACAGCCUGAAACAGUAGACAGUAAAGUUCAUCAAAAUGGACAGUACACGUGUAACUGCUGAGUCACGCUUGAACACAAGGUUAAUCACAAGCCACGUGGAGUAUAAAAGUGAAAGCACUUGUUUUUCAUUUUUGGAGUUAAUCACUGAAACCAUUUUAUAGGUGAAUGAUGCGUUUAUUUUACAAAUUGCUGCGAUUUUUAAUACGAUAGCUCUAUUGUUUAAAAUAUUUUUACUGAUGAACUCGAUAUUCUGUAAUUAUGAAUGUCGGUGCCAAAAUAUGACUGUUAGACUGAUGUUGAAUUCCCAUAUAAUCAUAGAACUGGUGGUUAGUAUGGCAAAAUAUCAUGGUACUUGACUUUCUUUUGCUGUGUGAUGAAAAUCAGUGUUGUUUUUGUGCCAGCAAUGUUGCAGUAAGAAGGCCUACAUUAUUAAAGAAAAGAAAUUGAAGAAAAAUAGAAUUUAAAGUACAAUAACAGGAGGAAUAAGGAAGAGUGAGUCAGUCAGUGUUACAAAAGUGCUGCCUAUAAUAAUAUAUGUAAUAUGACACACUCGUAUCAUCAUUGUCCAGGCCUUUAUAGUAAAUCUUCAAGCUUCUAUUGUGAUUUAUUCCAUAAUUUCAGUAUACUAUAUCCUAAAAACUACAUUACAAAAAUCUUCGAAUGUCAGUGGUCUGACUUUUUAUGGACACAAAGUUAAUCACAAAGCAAGAGGAGUUGCAAAGUUGAAGUACGUACAUCAUCACGCUUAAAUCUUUGUGCUCUGAUAAAGUCUAAGUGAAUGUUUACAAAUCUACAAAUAAUGUGCCAAAUACUUUUGAUUCACACCUCUAGUCUGUACUGGUUUCUAAUUUAGCUUAAUGAACUAAACUGUACUUAUUUCCAUUAACUCUCUAUCUGGGGACUUCGGUACUAUUUAAAACACUCCUUGUGUCAUUUCCCCCUAAUUCCCUUGGCCAAACAACUUUAUAGCUGCUGAACAACACAUGGACUUGUCCUUAAUAAAAGAUUCCUUUGCCAUAAAUUACGUUUUAUGAAUUAAGGGUCUUGAAGGAUAUAGUUGUCCUACAUUUUAGUCUACAGACAUUCCUCAUCUGGUGUCAUGUGUUUUUAUACUUUGAGCCGUUGCUAUGAUUUGUUUGAAACCAUGGAUCAUCCUCUGGUGUUAAAGGUGUUGAAAAUAAUACCAUAACAUCAAACUUCAAAAUGACUUAUUUAACAACAUGAGGGUCACAUUUUGUUGUUAAACCAUUUGCUAAGUGGUGUGGCCUUGGAGUUUUGUUAUUUUUUUUUUUUUUUUUUUUUUUACUGUCAAGCGCACAGUGUAUAAAUAGUUUACAAAUCUGAAUGAAAUAAAAUGAAAUAUACCAAA